UACCAUUAAAACACUUCUGGAAUAAACUUGCUUGACGUCUUUCAUACAAAAAAAGGGCCAACACCUCUUUCCAAAUACAUUUAUAUUCAGUCAUUUUCUUGUAGACUGAAGAAACAGAUCAACAUUGCAGAGCUGAAGCUGAAACACAACUACCAGAGAUGAAAGGUUGACCCCAUUGUGUGCUGUCAGAUAUUUUAAAGCAUGUAACAGAGAAAAUUAAAAAAAAAAAAAAAGAUGUGUUAACCACGCAAAAUACCUCACAGCUCCUUCUUCUGACAUUUAAAUGGAUUUUUCAGUGUUUUGAAAAACAGUCUGAAAAGACUACAUUAUACACUAGAAGUCUGCUGUGAAAUUCACAUUCCCUAAAGAACCAGUCUUAAGGUCUUAGGACAACGACUGAAGUCUUCCACAACAACAUGGAAGUGUUGAACUGGGCAUCAAAUAUGAGCUUCAGCUCUGUGAGUGGAUCAACAUUGAUGGCUAUAAUACAAGUCAAGGAAUCAGACAAAGACGAGACCUACAUCAUCGACAAUACCUAUUUGUUCUGUUACUUAUUUUUCUUAAAAUUUAUUUUCAAUGUUUUAACUGUUGUUUUGAUGAAGACUAAACUGUUGCAGAGCUUUCUUGGACUCUUCUGCUUGUCACUUUUCCUUGCAGAUCUGCUACUGCUCUACUUAGUUAUAGAAGUGAAGGCCCUUAGCAUGUCAGAAAGAAGUUCUGCCUUGUGUUCUUUGCUAGUCUCCUUUUCUAGAGUUUACAAAGUGGUUCCACUGCCUGCCUUUGUUUUAGGGGCUGUUGACCAUCUGUAUUUCUUUCAGCUGGCCUCAUGGUGUAAAAUGACAUGGUACUGUGUGCAGAUAUUGGUAAUUUAUCUGUCCGCUCUUGUCUUUGAGGCUGAUUCCACUGCACUGUCUCCUGUUAUGCUCUUGCCGAUAAAUGAUUCAGUAGAUUACAUCCUGUGCCCAAUUCAAGGUUCCGUUGCCAUCUCUGCAUACUGCAUCAUUCUGGUACUUGCUGGAAUCCUUAUUUCACUGUUUUUCUGGAAGGAUAUGUUUUCUUUGGCUAAACUGCAUAUUAACCAUUUGCUAGAUGCUGAGAAUGUAAGUGGAGUAGAUGUUUCAUCUAGUGACAUCUCUCCUAUGGGCAGCAGCAAAGCUGAGACCGGAUGCAAGUCAUUACAGAUGCAUCCUCUCCUAAGUUGUCAUCACAGACGGCUGCUUGCUAUUGCAACAUGCUUUCUAGUCUACUGGUUUGUGUUUCUCUUUAUGAAUAUUUUGGGAAUGCUUCUCCAUGUUCCCAUUCCCUCUUACGUGAGUGUUAACAUUUUAUGGGCUUUGUCUCUUAACAGUUUUCUCACAGGAGCAGUUUACUGUUUUAGAAGUAUGCAUUUGACAGAGGAGUCAUGCUUCCCUGAUGGUGUUUGUAAUUGGACUUUUUUCCUUAAAGCUUGUCAAAAUGAUGUAGAGCAACCGGAGUGAGUAACAGUUACGAGGUGCAGUGUUGUACAAAAGCAACAUUCUGAUUCAGAACAAAUCAGUAUAAAGGUUUGUUAGCACUGGUUGUCUACACUUCAAACUGCUAUCUACAGGCAUAUAUUUAAAGUGCAAAGUAUUGUUUCAUAGACUGUUUUAUUGGGUAACAUUCCAUUAGCAUUUUAUAGAGAGUAAUAUAAUUCUGCAAGCUGCUCACUGCAUUUAUCUCAUGUGCCUGUAAAUUUACAAUAUGCAUUUGUAUAUGUAUGCACAUAUAUGUGUGUGU